UGUCAAGGAGUCCUCGCGGUAACGCCUGCCUUGUACAGCCGUCGGCAAAAUCUCGCGGAGCCCAGUGAAAGACGCCGCGUGAGCGACACUUAGUUCUGUGCGCUGAAGUCCUGGUGCCGGGCGGCGGAUCGGUAGAAUCGCGCAAACGCGUCCAGUAAAGCAAACCAAACUGUAAAUGCAGCUUUUAAAAAGAGGGAGGUCCUUAAUUUAAAGAAAAAAAAUAAAACCUUUCGGUCUGCAAUGGCGCAAAACUGAACAAUCGUUUUGAAAUAAGUGUACGUCCGUCACAUCGAUACCUACUGCUGUUUCAUCUUUCUUUUUAAUUUUUAUUUAUCUCUUUUUUUUAUUUUUUUAUUCUUAUUUUUGUAGUCACAGCUGUCGAAACCCAAUGGAGAAGGUGUACAAGACUUCAUAUGCUCAGCAUGAUUUUUGCGCUUCGACAUGAAUCGUCUUGUAUGAGCCUGUAUGUAUCUGGGAUAAUAUUUGCUGACUGCCCCGUUCACCACGUCGAUAACUGAUAUUAAAGAGAAAAUGCUGGCCUGCAUUAUCUUCUUUUGCUCAUUUAUUGCUGCUGCUACCUCCCAAAGCUUCCAGUCUUCCAAGCCAUUGCAAGAUACUUCUUGUGACAGUUUGUGCACAUGCACUGAAAAAGAUGGUGUCUUAUAUUUAAACUGUGAGGAAAGAAAUAUUAGCAAGAUAUCUCAAGUUAAAGUGCCACCAGCAUUGCCCUUCCACCUCAAUCUUUACAAAAAUGACAUAGUUGAGUUGCUUGCUGAAGACCUCAAGGAUCUUAAGAAUGCUGUCUCACUUCAUCUAGGAGCUAAUAGUAUACAAGAGCUUGAACCUGGCGUUUUCAGUGGAUUCAGCUCUCUAAAGAAACUGCACAUUAACAGCAACUUCUUAGUCAUGUUGAAGGAAGAUACUUUCCAAGGCUUGGUCAAUUUGGAGUACCUUCAGGCGGACACAAACUUUAUUAGAGUUAUCGAACCAGGAACCUUCAGCAAACUCGUUCGUCUCAAAGUUUUGAUACUGAACGACAACGCCAUUGAAUUCUUGCCCAGUAACAUAUUUAGAUUUGUGCCACUGACUCAUUUAGACCUGCGUGGAAACCAGCUACAAUCUCUUCCUUACGUGGGCUUUCUUGAACACAUAGGCCGCAUCAUGGAGCUGCUGCUUGAUGAUAAUGACUGGGUCUGUGAAUGUGAGAUUAUUCCCCUUAAGAUCUGGAUGGAGAACAUGCGUGCACUCUCUACCAUCAGUGAGGUGGUUUGCGUCAGUCCCCCUCAUCUCAAAGGCAGCUUGCUGAGCAAGGUGAAGAAGGAAGUGCUCUGUCCUGCCAGUAGGGACCUGGAGGAUCCAUCCAAGCCAUCAGUGUUGGAGGUUACACCCACACCGAGAGUCAUUCAGAAUCCAAAGCUGAUGGAUGAUGGGAAGAUUCCAACACCAGGGCACCCACCAGGGAAGUUCUGCAUUGAAAGAUGUUCUUGUCACAACCAUCCCAUUGCAGGUUUCUUAGUUCAUUGCCAGGAUAGAGGCAUUCAAAGGAUCUCUGACCUUGGAUUACUUCUGCAAAGUCCAACAAAACUUGUACUUACCGGAAACAUGAUUCAGAAACUGUUGCAGUAUGAUUUUGUUGCAUAUGAAAGUCUGGAAUUACUGAAUUUGGCAAACAAUCAAAUUGAUUAUAUUGAUAAUGAAACAUUUCUCAGUUUAGGUCAUCUGAAGAAACUGUACCUCAAUGGUAAUAGACUUGAUCACUUAUCUUCUAGCAUGUUCGUUGGACUUCACAAUCUUGAGUAUUUGUACUUGGAAUAUAAUGUUAUCAAAGACAUUCUCCCUGGGACCUUUGACACUGUGCCAAACCUUAAACUUCUGUCAUUAAAUAACAAUCUCCUGAAAACACUACCACCACAGAUUUUUCGCAAUGUUCCACUUACCAAAUUGAAUCUGAGAAAAAAUCUCUUCAUGCACCUGCCUGUUAGUAGUGUUCUAGAUCAGCUUGACUCUGUAGAGCAGAUUUAUUUGGAAGACAAUCCAUGGGACUGUAGUUGUGAUCUGGUUGGUCUUAAGCAAUGGGUUGAACAAUUGGGGAAGGAUGCCGUGGUGGGUAAUAUUCUAUGCCACUCACCAAGGAAAAUAGCCAAGAUGGAUCUGAGAAGUUUGGGCCAUGAAACAAUGUGCCCUGGAUUAGGAACAUACAGCUUUAUGCCAACCAAGGAGAAUGAUGGGAGUGUGACAACUACUGCUACCACCACAAGCAUCUUUCGUCCUCUUUUUGACACCAUUCCGCUCUCAGUUUUGAUCCUUAGCUUGUUGAUCAUUUUUCUGAUGAUUGUUUUUUGCGCUGCAGGAAUAAUUGUUUUGGUCUUGCACCGUCGACGGAAGUCAAAAAAGAAGGAGAUGGAAGAUCAACCAAGGGAGAGCAGCCCGAUACACCUGCAGUACAGCAUGUAUGGACAAAAAACAACCCAUCACCUCUCGUCAAGUCCAAGAAUAAACAUGUACGAGGAGCCAACGAACAGUCCUAUAAUACAGGUGUGUAGGAAUGCCUCCUACUGCACACACCACAAGGAGCAUGAGCUGGAAGAGCAAGAUGCCAAUGAGGGUAGAGGUAUCUGCAUGGGUCUCCCAGAGAAGGAAAAUGACUCGCCUCUGACAGGGAGGCCAAGUAUGAAAUACAGACCUGUGACAGAGUAUCCAUCAGAAUUUGUCACCCUUGGGGACACAAACUGUUUGUAUCGAAACAUCAUUGAGCGGGAAAAGGAACUUCAGCAGCUUGGAAUCACAGAAUAUCUCAGGAAGAACAUCUCUCAGCUGCAACCAGCGCUGGACGUCCCGAGUCAAGGAAGACACGAAGAACUGAAAUUAAUGGAAACUAUCAUGUACAGCAGACCACGAAAAGUUGUGGUAGAGCAAACUAAAAAUGAAUAUUUUGAACUGAAAGCUAAUCUCCAAGCAGAGCCUGACUACCUAGAGGUACUGGAACAUCAGUCAACUUUUAACUGAAAAAAAAGCUCUUUUUUUUUCUCAAAAAAAAAAAAAAAACUAUACUCAUGAAGUGCCUUUGAAAAACCAAUUUCUUCUUCAUUUGGCAUGUUGUCGUGAAAUCCAAAGCACCAGUACAAUAACUGAACUCAGUGAUCACUGUCAUGAAAGCUGUGUUGAAAUGUUGCCGGUCCACUAAGAAUGUACACAGCUGCAAAGAAAUAUGUCCACCCAUAGUGUCAUUCCACAAUUCUGUGAGAUUAACUCAGAAUUUUGUGUAAAUACAUCCAAAUUUAUUCUAGUAUUGUUGUCAGUUCUGCCAACUCUUUUUUUUUUUAU